AUGCGUGUGCUUGCCCUCGUUACGGGUCUUGUUGGCAUUGCCAAUGCUGCCUGUCCUUAUAUGACUGGCGAAGCUGGCCCCCUCGAGAGACGAGGUGAUGGAGAUGCUUCUUCCACCGAGGAAUUUCUCUCCCAAUUCUACCUCAAGGACCAAGAUGUCUUUCUGACCUCCGAUGUUGGCGGCCCGAUCGAGGACCAAAACAGUCUCAGCGCAGGAGAGCGUGGAGCCACCCUGCUUGAGGAUUUCAUUUUCCGCCAGAAGAUCCAACGCUUCGACCAUGAACGGGUACCGGAACGCGCCGUUCAUGCUCGAGGCGCCGGCGCCCACGGAACAUUCACCUCGUACGGCGACUGGUCCAACCUGACAGCCGCGUCUUUCCUUUCUGCCAAAGGCAAACAAACCCCGAUGUUCACGCGCUUCUCUACUGUUGCUGGCAGUCGCGGAAGCGCCGAUACUGCGCGAGAUGUCCACGGCUUUGCGACUCGCUUCUAUACUGAUGAAGGGAACUUCGAUAUUGUUGGAAAUAACAUCCCCGUUUUCUUCAUCCAGGAUGCUAUCUUGUUCCCCGAUCUCAUUCACGCCGUCAAGCCCCGUGGCGAUAGCGAGAUCCCUCAGGCUGCUACCGCGCACGACUCGGCUUGGGACUUCUUCAGUCAGCAGCCUAGUGCACUUCACACCCUUCUUUGGGCAAUGGCUGGCCACGGUAUUCCUCGGUCUUUCCGUCAUGUUGAUGGUUUCGGUGUGCACACCUUCCGUCUAGUGACUGACGAUGGAAAGACUAAGCUUGUCAAGUUCCACUGGAAGGGACUACAGGGCAAGGCUAGUUUCGUGUGGGAGGAAGCACAGCAGACCGCUGGUAAAAAUGCGGACUUUAUGCGUCAGGAUCUCUUCGAAGCUAUCGAAGCUGGACGUUUCCCCGAGUGGGAGCUUGGUGUUCAAAUCAUGGAGGAAGACGACCAGCUUCGGUUUGGGUUUGAUCUUUUGGAUCCUACCAAGAUUGUCCCAGAGGAACUCGUUCCUGUCACCAAGCUAGGCAAGAUGCAACUGAACCGAAACCCCCUGAACUACUUUGCUGAAACUGAGCAAGUCAUGUUCCAACCGGGCCAUAUCGUCCGCGGCGUCGAUUUCACCGAGGACCCCCUCCUCCAAGGCCGUAUCUUCUCCUACCUAGACACCCAACUCAACCGUCACGGCGGCCCCAACUUCGAGCAGCUGCCCAUCAACCGGCCCCGUGUACCAAUCCACAACAACAACCGCGACGGAGCAGGCCAAAUGUUCAUCCCCCUAAACCCAAACGCCUACUCCCCCAACACAGAAAACAACGGCUCCCCAAAACAAGCCAAUCAAACCGUAGGCAACGGCUUCUUCACCGCACCCGACCGCACAUCAAGCGGCAAGCUCCAACGCACCGUCAGCUCUACCUUUGAAGACGUCUGGUCCCAGCCACGCCUAUUCUGGAACUCGCUCGUACCCGCCGAGAAGCAAUUCAUUGUAGACGCGAUCCGAUUCGAGACAUCCAACGUCAAGAGCAGCGUCGUGCGCAACAACGUCAUCAUCCAGCUAAACCGCAUCAGCAACGACCUCGCGACGCGCGUCGCAAAGGCCAUUGGCAUUGAUGCGCCGAAGCCAGAUCCAACCUUUUACCACGACAACACGACCGCGCAUAUCGGCGCCUUCGGACAGAAACUCGCCAAACUAGAUGGGCUGAAAGUUGGACUCCUUGCGUCUGUCGAUAAGCCGGCGUCUAUUGCGCAGGGCGCGAAGCUGCAGUCUGCGCUUUCUGCUGUGGGCGUUGAUGUCGUGGUUGUUGCGGAGAGGUUUGCGGAUGGUGUUAAUCAGACGUAUUCUGCGUCGGACGCAGUGCAGUUCGAUGCUGUUGUUGUCGCGGAUGGUGCGGAGGGCCUGUUUGCCUCCAAGUCGAUUACUAGCGUGCCGAAUAAGGCUUCUGGUGCGUCGUCUUUGUAUCCCGCUGGUCGGCCUUUGGAUAUUCUGCUCGAUGCUUUCCGGUUCGGGAAGACGGUUGGUGCGCUCGGUAAGGGCUCGGCUGCGCUACGCUCUGCACUCAUUUCUACGGACCGCGAUGGUGUGUACACUGCUAGCAAUGCUGGGAGUGCCUUUGUCAAAGAUAUAAAGGAGGGACUUCGGACCUUCAAGUUCUUGGAUCGGUUCGCGCUUGAUGAGUAG